AUGCAACAAAAGCCGGUAAUUGAAAGUGAACUGAAGUUUGCAAAGGGAUCAAAAACAUUUCCUGAGAACUGCGGUAUUUCUCUUGAGCUUGUAGGAACUUAUCCAGCUGGAGACAUCACAGAGAUAAGCAUGACUGUGGAUACCAUUUUGACCAUAUUCAAGGAAAAUGCGCUUAAGUUUAGUCCAAGUACACGCCACCAAUUUAAACUUGAAAACGGGUCAACGAAUCUGUGCGAGUACAGCUUUUACCCAACAAAGCGUGGAAUCGGUGAUUACAUUGACAACAACCAACUUUCUAUGAAGAUCGACUUUUUAAACUUGAAGCAAUCCGGAAUUGAUAUUCCCAUAAAAAAUCUUGAAGAAAGAAGAUUUGUAGAGCCUAAAAGUGUCCCAGAGUUCUGUGAUACAAUUAUACAUGUAAUUGAAACAGAAGAAGAUUCUGAUUUUUCUGACAUGCACUCAGGCGAUUAUGAAACUCCUAGAAGUAGGUUUACUUUCAAGUCUCGAAAGGCUAUUCUGUCAAAAGCAUCGCCAUGGUUCCACAACCUAUUUUUCUUGGGAAUGAAAGAGUCCAGAGAUUCUGAAGUGUCAAUUCGGGGCAUACAUCCAGACACGUUCCAGCGACUCUUGAAUUUUAUCUAUGGCUUUGAACUCGAAAUUAAUGGUAUCAAUGACGCCGUAAAGCUCAUCAAGGCUGCUGAUCGUAUUCAUUUAACCAAGGCUCUGGAGUUCAUAUUUGUCUACCUCAAUAUGCGAGUAAAUAAUAAAACAGUGCUAAGAAUAUGGAAAGCAGGAGAUGAUUUUGAGUGCAAAGAAACAAUGGAAUAUUGCAAGAGUUAUACUAAGAAACAUUGGGAAAGUAUUCUUGCAGACCCAUCUUGGCUAGAGACAGAUGGAAGGGAUACUAUUCAGAUCCUAAGCAUAGAUUCUCUCCCUUUGGCUGCUGACGAGUCUAUCUUCUACCAAGCUGUACUUAAUUGGAGAGAGGCAAAGAUAAAACAAGCGGUGGAUGUUCCAGAAAUGCUACAAUCUAAUGUUUUACAAAUCUUCAAUCAUUUAAGAAAUAAUCGUUUUACAAAAGAUUGUAAACUUUGGUCUAAUGAAAUUGGAAACGAAUUGGAAGAUGUUGAGAAUCACUUUGUUCAAAUGAUCCCAUUAAUAAGAUUUAACCAGCUUACUGCAAAAUACUUAAUGGAUAACGUUGAAACCUCCGGAAUUGUGAUAGAUAUUCCAGGGAUGAAAAAAAAGGUACUGGAAGCUUUUCGAGCCAUAGCAAUCCGUACCGAAAUUCCAGAAACAGUCAAUACAGACAAAAGACACAUCUAA